AUGAAAUUAAAUAAACCAGAAAAGAUACUUUACAGUCUAAAUAUUAUUCAAUUUAUUAUAGGAGCUUCAUUUUUUAUAUGUGCCUAUUUAAAUACACCAAUAUUAAAACAUUUAGUCUAUUUCUGGCAUACAGAAAAGUAUUUAUUAAAUAAGAAUAGAAUUGAAAUUAAAGAACUUCUCACUAAAAAUAAUAUCAAUGUAGAUGGUGAGAUGUGGCAAAAUGAUCCUAAAUCAUUAUUCUUUAUUAAAAACGACAAAGACACUUACAUGUUUAUGUCGGCUAAAAACAAAUUUGUUGUAGAUAGCAAUAGGCUAGAAAAGAGUAUUAAGAAUAAAUUAUCAGUAUUUGGAUCAAAAAACACCAAAGAGUUCUAUAACAUACUUGGAAGUUCAAUUGAAGGAGGAUUUGAUGUCUUUUUAAAAUACAUCUCAGGUGAUUUAUUUGAAUUUUUAAGUCCGUUAACACUAAAAAAAGAUCAACAGAUAGAUUCAUCAACAUAUAUUGAUUUAAUUCAAAUAGCCAAAGCAUCAAGAGAAAAGACACCAUCUAUCUUUACAAUGAUUUGA